AGUCUACGUUAGGUUCCGACACUUAUACCCAGACAGCUCUAAUGUGAUGUUCAAAGUGGAGCUUGUUAUUUUCCAUAUCGUACCAUGGCCACUAAAAAGUUCUUAAGGCCUUCAGCAGGAGUUCCAGUCCUGAGUGAAUGGGCAAAAUGUUGACCACUUUUAGGAUGGUGUUUGUGAACUUGAUGCUGUCAUUAAAUAGCAUCUAGAAGAUACCAAUCAGUGGAUAUCCACAACAAUGUUUACAAAACUUUGACAUCUACCAAGUGGGGAUAAAGAUAGAAGUCUUCAGUGUUGAGACAGAAUGUCAAGCGGGAAUGACUCCUGCAUGAAUGGGCAAGAAUCGGUGAAUUAUUUGUCCUGUAUUAUCCAUCUAUGGGAAUGGAUUGGUUUGGGAAACCUGGAGGAUUACCUCAGCUAUGUGGAUUACUUAGUUUGGGUUUUUACCCCAUUGGCCAUUGUCUUCAUUUUGCCACUCCUUAUUGUGCUGUUUCUGUACCUUUCCAUACUCUUCCUCCAUGUUUACAAGAGGAAAAAUGAACUGAAAGAAGCUUACUCAAAUAAUCUUUGGGAUGGAGCUAGGAAAACAUUGGCCACAUUAUGGGAUGGACAUGCAACCAUUUGGCACGGUUAUGAAAUUCAUGGACUGGAAAAAAUUCCAAAUAAAGGGGCUGCUCUAAUUGUUUAUUAUCAUGGAGCCAUUCCCAUAGACUAUUAUUACUUUUUAGCUAAAGUCAUCAUUCAGAAGGGGAGGACUUGCCAUUCUGUCGCUGACCAUUUUCUAUUUAAGCUUCCAGGUUUCAAGUUGCUCCUUGAAGUAUUCAGUGUAAUGCAUGGACCACAGGAGGAGUGUGCCCGUGCCUUGAAGAAUGGCCAUCUUUUAGCAAUUUCUCCAGGUGGUGUUCGGGAAGCAUUGUUCAGUGAUGAAACCUAUACACUUAUAUGGGGAAAUCGUAAAGGAUUUGCCCAAGUAGCUAUUGAUGCCAAAGUGCCCAUCAUUCCUAUGUUUACACAAAAUAUUCGAGAAGGAUUUCGCUCACUUGGAAGUAUCAAAUUCUUUCGCUGGCUGUAUGAAAAAUUUCGAUUACCGAUUGUACCUGUAUAUGGAGGGUUUCCAGUUAAAUUCCGUACUUAUUUGGGUGAUCCAAUUCCAUAUGACCCUAACCUAACUGCAACUGAGUUAACCGAAAAGGUGAAAGAAGGAGUGCAAGCUCUUAUAAACAGACACCAGAAGAUACCAGGAAACAUCCUACGGGCACUUUUAGAACGAUUCCACAGAAGACAAAAAGAUGAUUAAAAAUAAUGUAUAUAUAUUUUGAAAUGUGUUACAUUUUUAAUUGUAUUUUUCUGACUUAUUUACGGUCAUUGUAUUGUGCUCCUGCUUUGAUUUUUUGAGUACAUUUUUAUGAAAAUAUUUUGUAAAGUAAAAUGUAGGCAACAAAUUGACUUGGAAAAGGUACAGUAUAUUAUUAACAUUUCAAUUAAGUGGGGUACAAGGUAUCUGAUGACAAAGUGUGUCUGCUCAGGAUUUCUCUUACACUGAAGAACAAAGUGGUUCUCAAAUGGUGUUAGUUAUUCCCCCCAUCCCUAUGCUGACUUUUAUUCAGAGGUUUUUUUUUUGGGAGUUUUUUUUUCUUUAUAUGAUAAAUGUUA